AUGGAACUCAACCGAGAACAUUUUCGCGCCAUAAUUUAUUACAACUUUCAGAGACAAUUAUCGCAACAAGAAUGCCUUGCUGAGUUACUGUCUUCGACAAUUUUCCGUUGGUAUGGAGAAUACAAACGAUCAUCCAGGAAAAUAUCUCAAAAAAUUUUACAUGAAGAAUUAGGAGUAAGAAAAUUGGUUUCUCGUUGGAUACCCCACCUGUUGACUGAAGAGCAGAAAGCAGCCAGGGUCAAUUGGUGUCAAAAAACGCUUGACCGUUUCAACUCAAAAAAUGUGUACAGCAUUGUUAGUGGUGAUGAAUCGUGGAUUUACUGUUAUGAACCAGAAAAUAAACGACAGUUGGCUGUUUGGGUGUUCCAAGGGGGUCAUAUUGUAACAAUUCCUUUAAAUGAGCAAAGAACUGUUACUGCGGAUUGGUAUACCACCAUUUGUUUGCCAAAAGUCAUCACCGACCUUCGAAAAAUCAACCCCGAAAGAAUAAUCAUCCUCCACCAAGACAAUGCAAGCUCACACACAGCCCAAAAAACAAGGCAGUAUUCAACGGAAGAAAACGUGGAAUUAUUGGACCAUCCUCCAUCUAAACUGCGUGGUCAAAGGUUCCAGUCACCAGAAGAAGCAGUUGACGGAUUCGAAAAUGCCGUUUUGGAUCUGCCAGCAAACGAGUGGAAUAAGUGCAUGUAUAUUAAUCUUCGUGGAGAAUACUUCGAAAAACAAUAG